UCCCUCUGCCAGGAUUCACUGAGAACUCAGAGUCAACCAGGAUCUGUGGCAACUGGUGACCCUCUGGAAUACCGCUCUAACAGCAUUCCGUUUCAGGCAGGUCAGGGAUCCACUGAGAUCCUGCUCUGUUGGAGUGCAAGAACCACUGGGAUUCUGUUCCACCGGUAAUAGGGAUCCAUCAUUUUACUAUUUCGUUGGAAUUAGGGUUCCAUCAGGAUCCUGCUCUACCAGGAUUGGGCAUCCGGGAGGAUGAUGCUUCUUUUGAAUCUGGGACCCACUGGGGAUAGGGAUAGGAAUCCACCCCGAUGCAACCUCAUUUGAAUUCGGGAUCGUAGCAGGAUUCUGUUCCACCAGGGUUGAGGAUUCACCAGGAUGCUGUUCUGCUGGGAUUCGACUGCUCCUUCCAGUCAGUCCCAUGGGGAUUUACAGAGGGAAAUGUAAAUCAAAGGGGUGGGGGAAGCGAAGGCAGGUUAAGGAGCGGGAAGGAUGUGGAACCUGUCCUUACUGAGCCGUGGCUGUGGAGAUCUGGCGAACAGGAAACACAAGCGAUUGGAUGUUUACUUGGAAGAUCAGGAUUAUUUUAACUGGAAGGCCCCGAGCAAGUCUGCCUGUGUCUCUCCGAAACCGCACAAUUCCGAAGACUUCCUACACCAUCACUGCCAGCCAGUGCCCCCCAAAACCUUCAGCACACGUCGGGGGGCCCUGGUGCUCUACUCGGAGGACCUGGCGCUACAAUCCUGGCAGCACCAGCACAGCGUGAAGUGGCGGCACAGAGUGAGGGUUCAACUCAGCACUCUGCAGGAUCUGGCUAGGGCCAUCCUUGCCUAUGGGCAGAGAGAGAAUGGCACAGGCUCUAUGCAAGUGGAGCCCUACCUGCAUUUCCUCAUUGGGCACAGGAAUCGCUCGGGAAACCGUCAAAUCCGUCCUGGCUACUCGGCCAAGCAAUACCUGGCCUGCCUCGCCGAGACCUGUGACCCCACUCUCCUGUAUCGGCUACAACGCUCAGGUUACACCAACAAACUGAACCAGCUGCAAGGGCAGUCCGUAGACUCACUCCUUCAACAGCAGACUAAGUGUGAUCUGUCUAAGGCACCCAGACCCUAUCGUGCCAAUCCCUGCCUUCCUGUUGUUGACCUGUACCAGAGCUGGCCAUGUUUGGAUGAAGAGGAUGAGGAGGAGCAGGGAGAGGAGGCCAUCUUUGACACAGGUGAGUGCUGCCCUGCCACUGAUAAUGAGGUCAAAGGAACACAAUCUGACAGCUCGAGGCCUGGCGUGAGGGAAAUUCUGACAAAUAGGGAGAGUGGAGCAGAGGGUUCCGAUCCUCAGGAGACCAGCCUCUAUGUUCUGGUCACUGUCCCAGCCAGGGACCUGGAGCAGAUCACAGAGGAGGCUGACCAGGUGCAAGCCACUCAGCAAGUGUUUGACACGCCUCUGACCAGUUCCCUGAAUAGACGACAGCCUGCCAAAGCAAGGGAACAAUGCCACAGCAGCAACCUUCCGGGACGGCCAAUCAUUGAUUCCUCCCAGCUGUGCUGUCAGAGAUCCCGAGGGACCUACUACGGAGGGCCGCUGGCUGGGGUCAGGAGAGUAAAAGGCAGACCCGGUGACCAGUGUGGUUCAAGACAACAUGUGGAACCUCCUGCCUCUGUGAGUGGGCAACUGAAGCUUCCACCUAUUGGCACAGAGACUGGAGCAGGACUUCAACCAAGACAGGAGGAAGAUAGUAGUGAGCUGGAGAGGUGGAAAUUGCCCCAGAUACGGAGAAGGUCUCUAGCAAGAGAAAGGCAUGCUGGGAAGCGAAGAAAAGGACCAAUGCCUGAAGCAGCACGGUUCACGCGGAGAUUGAUUCUUCCCCCACUUACAGAUGUCAGGCCACAAAGGGAGAAGGGUGAGGACAUCCACAAUGAGGCAACAGAACUCAAAGGAAAGUUGGGAAGCCCUGAUUCUAUAGAAGAUUCCAGAAUGAAAGGACUGGAUGAGUCCACGUGGAUCAAUGAGGAGUAUCCAAUUAACACAGAGGAGAUUUCUGCCCAGAAUGGAGGGAGCGUUCGAAUUUCAGAGAAUAACGGCCAGAUGGAGAGUGAAGAAAGGAUGGUCAGAUUCAUCACUAUCAGGAUUAAGGAAAACGGGACUCCAUUGGAAGGAAAGCUGGAAGCUUCUGAAUCUCAGGAAAUUUCCAAAAUGAAGGGACUGGAUGAGUCCACACAGAUCAAAGAGGAUUAUCCAAUCAGCACAGAGGACAGGUCCAGUCAGGAUGGAGGGAAUGUUGGAAUUUCAGAGAAAGUGACCCAGAAGGAGAAUGAAGAAAGAGAUCUCAAGUUCAUCAGAAUCAGGAUUGAAGAAAAUGGGGAUCUAUUGGAAGGUAAUGAAGGACUGUUGGAAUCCCCUGAAUCUGCACAAAAUUCCAGAGUGGAGGUACUGGGUCAGUCCACCCGAAUCAAUGAGGAGGAUGCAAACAGCACAAAGGAGAGGUCUGGCCGGACUGGUGGGAAUACUGGAAUUUCAGAAAAAAAUAGCCAAAGCGAGAGGGAGGAAAGAGAGGUUGAAUCCAAUGGGAUCCGGAUUCAGGAAAAUGGGAAUCUUUUGGAAGGGGGUGACGAUCAGAGUCAGAAACCUGGACGAACGCUACAACUGCUGCCUCCAAUUCAUGAGACGAGAGGCCCAGUGGGAAAGCGGAGGAGUAAGCCAGGCCUCAGGCACAAGGCCAGGAGAACCAAGACUUCAUCAUUGGGUCCUGUUCGUGGCUCUGUACCGAAGGAACUAAAGGAAGUUCACAAGAACAUUUCAGUGGGCAGCCUCCUUAUGGCUCCAGAUGGUGAGAUUGUGCACCUUUCCUGGCUGGGACCUUACCAAUGCCCAAGCAAUAACUUGAUGAUCAGCUUCUCUCAACAGCAAGGGCACCGUCCACUUGAGUGUGAUGCGAGUGGCAGCAAAGCUGGACUAAUAAUUAACCAGGAAACAGAAGGCGAGGUAGUGAAUGGGGCUGUACACAGAGAUACCAAACACCUCGGAGAUGUUCACUUGGAGACAGGUGACGACAUUGUUUUCAGGAGUGACAGAGAGUCUGAUCACUCCCCAGUAUCAUACAAGAGGUCACAGCGAGGGCGUGCCAGGAAGGCUUUCAGACAAGGGGGCCGGAGACGGACUGACCCUGAUGGGGAUUCAUCAGGAAAAUCCAAGAGCAGAUCACCUGGAGGUGGGGUGAAGGUCAACUCGCACAGAAGGGUCAAACGGCAACCCUCAGAAGACCCCAGCAACCUGCAGGAUAUUGUGUUGGAUGAAGAUGGAAAUCUGACCUCUGCUGGUUCCUAUCGAAGCCCAGUCAGUGACUCAUUUCUUGAGGGGGAGGUAAUGCGGGGCAGGAGACGUGCUGCACGCGGUUCCGGCUAUGAAAACUCAGCAGUGAUCCCUUCCCUGACAGGCUGGUCCGAGCCAGAACCCAGCAGCCUAUCAGCAACUGAUGAGCUGGAGGCAAUGUGUGGUCUGCGCACAGUUGAUGAUGGACGUUCCCCUAGUCGCCGUAGGAGGAGUCGGCUUCUGUUAAAGGAUGACCAUAUGGUUGCAGUGGAUUCGGGGACAGAUGCUGAAGACCAAGAGGCUGAAUUAUGGAACCAACAAGACAAAGGAAGCACUGGAAUCAAGGCCAAGAAAAAGAGCAAAAGAAAUAGAGGGCAGAACAGUCCCAACCAGGAUCCAAAUGCUGAGGACAGUGAUGCGAUGCCCAGUGGCUCUGAAGAGCUGAGGAGCUCACGGGAAUCAAAUUAUGGAGCAGCCCUGAACAAACCACCAGGCCCGAGGAGGUCACUGGGGUCGAACCCAGCAUCAGGGCUGAACAAACCGUCAGAGGCACGGAAGCUGAUGGAUGGAGACCAGGAAUCUGGGCCAAAAAGCCAGCCAGGCCGAAGGGGUUCACUGGGUCCGAACCAAAGUUCGGGGCCGAACAAUGAAAGGAACAAGAACAAUGGACGCGCUGAGUUUGUUGUAGGGAGGCCCAGGGAAUUGAGAGCGCGGCAACCCCAGCAACGAUUCCCGUCCCAAACGAAGCAGAAGGAAUCUUCCAAACCGGUGAAAAGGGAAACGGUGAGAAGCGAUGGUGAGGAGGAGGAUGCAGAGCAGAGCUCUGAGGAAUGUGGACCCCUGCACUCAACCAGGAUGAGGAACACUCCAACAUCAGGGUCAACACUCACUGCCUUUACUGCUGGCCAGGAUCCCAACUCCCAAUACAACAACACCAAAAUGAGAGAUCCAGAGAAGGAUCAGGUGAUGUACAGAGAGCCUUUCAGAGAGAAUCCGGGCUACCCACAGGGGACUACACAUUUACCAGGCUCAAGGUCCCUCAGGAGGUCAGGGAGCAGCAGCCUGAUGGAGGGUGGAGAUUGGCCCCAGAGCCAAGAGGAGCACAGCGAGCAGAGACGGCAAGAGGUGGAGCGCCGAAUUCAGCAGGAACUGGACAAUGAUCAAAGACAGAAAGAACAGGAGAUCAGGAACCAAAGGCAACAACGCGAGCACGCGAUAUUGCAGCAGCAGGAGGCUGAGCAGAACCGGCAACAACAGGAGCAGCAGUCACAACGACGGGAACAAAGGCAGCAGGAGGAAUAUCGUAGGAAAGUGCAGGAAAUGCAGCGGAGGAAAGAGAGGAGCUUGGCAGAGAGAGCAGAGGAGGAGAAGAGACUUCAGAGAGAGCGUCAGAAAGAGCAAGAAGAAGAGGAAGAGCUUCUGAAGGCAAUGGAUGAACCACAGAGAAUGGAAUACCUGAGGCUAAAGCAGAUUAAAGAGGAGAGAGAGAAGGAGGAGAUGGAGGAACGGCACAGGAAGGAGGGGGAAAGAAGCAGGAUUCUGACGCAGGAGGCGAUGCAGGAAGCAAUCUUUCUGCUGCAUCAAAAGGGGCUGAUGGAACGUGACCUAACAUUUUCUCGGAAUCUGUGGGUAGAGUUCCUCGGCCUGGAGCGAGAUCAAAACAUCACCAGGCCCUGGGUCUUCUCAUACUUUGAAUUGAUCAACUUCCUGGGUCUGCAGACCCCAGUGGAAGAGGGAACAGAAGAGAGCAGCCAUGUUGGUCAAUGGGACUGA